AUGAAUGGUAUUCUGGAGAAGAUGUACCUGGACCGUAUUAUCAGAGGAAACCAGCUGCAGGAGUUUGCUGCCAUGCUGAUGCCUCACCAGAAAGCCACCACAGCGGAUGGUUCCAGCAUCCUUGACCGAGCUGUGAUUGAACACAACCUCCUGUCUGCUAGCAAACUCUACAACAACAUCACUUUUGAAGAACUAGGAGCACUGUUGGAAAUCCCCCCAGCAAAGGCGGAGAAAAUUGCUUCCCAGAUGAUCACUGAAGGACGCAUGAAUGGCUUCAUCGACCAGAUAGAUAGCAUUGUACACUUUGAGAGUGAGUUGACAGCCAGCGUGUUUUCACAUUUGAUAGAUAGAACUUCCACACAACACGAAUGCAAACACAAUAUUGCCCAUGAUGGGAAAUUGCAAAAUGCUUAA